AUUUGAGCCUGGCAUUGGUCCAAUUUUUAUGGUUUCUGUUCGAUGUUCAGGAUCAGAGACUAAUCUAUUAGAUUGUUAUUAUAGACAACCCUUUCAAUAUUCUGAUUGUGGCCAUUCCUAUGACGCUGGACUCAGCUGUGAAGCUUCUUGUCAGAAUGGCACAGUGCGUAUAGUUAGUGAGUCAGAUAGCUACUUCAGGAGAUAUGGUCGUGUAGAAGUUUGCAUUUCCAAUGAAUGGGGAACAAUUUGUAAUGAUUACUGGAAUGACAUGGCUGCUACUGUAGUUUGCAAAAUGUUGGGCUAUUCACCAUAUGGUGCUAAAGCAUUAUCUAACACUUUUACUGAGGGAUACUUGCAUAUGCAUUUUACAAAACUCAAUUGUAGUGGGUCAGAAGAGUCAAUUUUUAACUGCUCUUACAAUGAACUUUCAAAUUAUUACUGCAGCAGAUAUCGUGAUGCCUCUGUCAUUUGUCAAUUAAAUAAUGUACAAUAUUCAAAUUGCACUACUGGUAAUAUCAGAUUGACAGGUGGUUCUAACCAGUUUGAAGGAAGAGUUGAAUUGUGUGUCAAUGGAGUUUGGGGUUCUGUUUGUGAUAAUAGCUGGGACUCUACAGAAGCAUCUACAGUUUGCAAACAACUGGGAUAUGAAGUUUCUUCAUAUAAAACAAAUUCCUUUUUUGGAGUUAGUACUUUGCCAAUGCAUAUAUAUUACUCAAGUUGUUCAUCAAGUUCCACUAAUCUGCUUGGUUGCUAUUUGAGUUGGCUUCCUUCAUAUUCUUCCUAUUGCAAUAAUUAUCAUGAAGCUGGUGUUAUUUGUUCUUCAAAUUGUAACAAUGGUCAAGUUAGAUUGUAUGGUAGUGACUCACAAAGACGUGGUAAUGUACAGGUUUGUAUUAAUAAUACUUGGCAAGCAGUUUGUGGCAGAAGAAAUUAUGGAGUCGAUAAUAACCUCGCUUCAGUUGUAUGCAGUGAAUUAGGAUACUCACAAUAUGGUGCUAAAAGCACUGCUGGUCUUUGGUACAAUUAUAAUAAUUUAUAUAGCUUCUUCAAUAUUCAUUGUUAUGGAAAUGAGUCAACUAUAUUUGAUUGUCAAUAUGGCACAUCAGGAUACUGUAAUAGAUAUAAUGCUAUAGGGGUUGUCUGUUCUCAUAGUAAUAUUAAUCCAGUGAAUUGUACUGAUGGUAGCAUAAGAUUGUAUGGUGGUUCUAGUGCAUUGGAUGGUAUACUACAUGUGUGUGCUAAUGGAGCAUGGGGCACUGUGUGUUCUAGAUCUUGGUUAUGA